UAAAGCCUUUGGCUUCUUGGAGCAACCGCCCGCCGCCUGGGAAAGCCGGCGCUGCUCCUGGCGGCGGCUUCGGGCCGAGCGGGGUGAAGCGGAGGCCGGGGUGGCGGGAGGCCGGCGGGGCCGGGGCGGGAGGCGAAGACUCAUGAAAUGGCCACAGAUGAUAAGAGGUCCCCGACACUGGACUCUGCUAAUGAUUUGCCUCGCUCCCCCACUAGUCCUUCUCAUCUCACUCACUUUAAACCCUUGACUCCUGACCAGGAUGAGCCCCCCUUCAAGUCAGCAUAUAGUUCUUUUGUAAAUCUUUUCCGUUUUAACAAAGAGAGAGGAGAAGGGGGCCAAGGAGAGCAGCAAUCUCCGAGUGCAAGUUGGUCCAGCCCUCAGAUCCCUUCGAGGACACAGUCUGUGAGGUCGCCCGUCCCUUAUAAAAAGCAGCUUAAUGAGGAGCUUCAGCGGCGCUCUUCAGUGUUAGCGGAGAACACUUUGCCACAUCCCCAGGAGAGCACAGACUCAAGAAGGAAAGCAGAACCAGCCUUUGGAGGUCAUGACCCACGUACAGCUGUUCAGCUUCGAAGCCUCAGCACAGUAUUGAAGCGCCUCAAAGAAAUCAUGGAAGGGAAAAGCCAGGACAGUGACCUGAAGCAGUACUGGAUGCCAGACAGCCAGUGUAAGGAGUGUUACGACUGCAGUGAGAAGUUUACGACCUUCAGGCGCAGGCACCACUGCAGGUUGUGCGGGCAGAUUUUCUGCAGCCGUUGUUGUAGCCAGGAAAUCCCUGGCAAGUUUAUGGGCUACACAGGAGACCUCCGAGCAUGCACAUACUGUAGAAAAAUAGCCUUAAGUUAUGCUCAUUCUACAGACAGUAAUUCCAUUGGGGAAGACUUGAAUGCUCUUUCAGAUUCAACUUGCUCUGUGUCUAUACUCGAUCCAAGUGAACCUCGGACACCUGUUGGGAGUAGAAAAGCCAGUCGUAACAUAUUUUUAGAGGAUGAUUUAGCCUGGCAAAGUUUGAUUCAUCCAGACUCCUCAAAUAGUGCUCUUUCAACAAGACUUGUAUCUGUUCAAGAGGAUGCAGGGAAAUCUCCUGCUCGAAACAGAUCAGCCAGCAUUACUAAUCUGUCACUGGAUCGAUCUGGUUCUCCUAUGGUUCCCUCAUAUGAGACAUCUGUCAGUCCCCAGGCUAACCGAACCUAUGUUAGGACAGAGACGGCUGAGGAUGAACGCAAAAUUCUUCUGGACAGUGUUCAGUUAAAAGAUCUGUGGAAAAAAAUCUGCCAUCACAGCAGCGGGAUGGAAUUUCAGGAUCACCGUUACUGGUUGAGAACACAUCCCAACUGCAUCGUAGGAAAGGAAUUAGUCAACUGGCUAAUAAGAAAUGGACACAUCGCUACGAGGGCACAAGCUAUAGCAAUUGGACAAGCAAUGGUUGAUGGACGUUGGUUGGAUUGUGUCAGUCAUCAUGACCAGCUUUUCAGGGAUGAGUAUGCGCUGUAUAGACCACUGCAGAGUACAGAAUUUUCUGAAACACCUUCUCCAGACAGCGACUCAGUGAACUCUGUGGAGGGACACUCUGAACCAUCCUGGUUUAAAGACAUCAAGUUUGAUGAUAGUGACACAGAGCAGAUUGCCGAAGAAGGUGACGAUAAUUUGGCUAAUUCUGCCAGUCCUAGCAAGCGUACCUCAGUCAGCAGUUUCCAGUCCACAGUGGACAGUGACUCAGCCGCUUCCAUCAGCCUGAACGUGGAGCUGGACAACGUGAACUUCCAUAUCAAGAAGCCCUCCAAGUACCCACAUGUGCCCCCUCACCCUGCUGACCAAAAAGAGUAUUUGGUUUCUGACACUGGAGGACAACAGCUCUCAAUAAGUGAUGCCUUCAUCAAAGAAUCCUUAUUUAAUCGACGAGUAGAGGAAAAAUCCAAAGAGUUGCCUUUCACCCCUUUGGGCUGGCAUCAUAACAACCUGGAGCUCUUGCGGGAGGAGAAUGAGGAGAAGCAAGCCAUGGAAAGGCUGCUUUCAGCUAAUCAUAACCACAUGAUGGCACUACUCCAGCAGUUGCUUCAUAACGAGUCAUUGUCAUCGUCUUGGAGGGACAUCAUUGUGUCACUGGUCUGCCAGGUUGUUCAGACAGUCCGACCUGACGUCAAGCACCAGGACGAUGACAUGGAUAUCCGCCAGUUUGUCCACAUCAAGAAGAUCCCAGGUGGAAAGAAAUUUGAUUCCGUGGUUGUCAAUGGCUUUGUUUGUACCAAGAACAUUGCACAUAAAAAGAUGAAUUCUUGUAUUAAAAACCCCAAAAUCCUUCUGUUGAAGUGUUCCAUUGAGUAUCUCUAUAGAGAAGAAACUAAGUUUACUUGCAUCGAUCCUAUUGUGCUUCAGGAAAGAGAAUUCUUGAAGAAUUAUGUUCAACGGAUAGUUGAUGUUCGACCCACAUUGGUUCUAGUUGAGAAAACUGUGUCUCGGAUUGCUCAGGACAUGUUACUGGAACAUGGCAUUACUCUGGUCAUUAAUGUAAAGUCACAAGUUUUAGAACGAAUCAGUCGAAUGACCCAAGGUGAUUUAGUGGUGUCCAUGGACCAGCUGCUCACUAAACCACACCUGGGCACUUGCCACAAAUUUUAUAUGCAGAUAUUUCAGUUACCUAAUGAACAAACCAAAACACUGAUGUUUUUUGAAGGCUGUCCACAGCACCUAGGGUGUACAAUCAAGCUCAGAGGAGGCUCCGAUUAUGAGCUGGCUCGAGUUAAGGAGAUCCUAAUAUUUAUGAUCUGUGUAGCUUAUCAUUCUCAACUAGAAAUCUCCUUUCUCAUGGAUGAGUUCGCUAUGCCUCCAACAUUAAUGCAAAGCCCUUCAUUCCAUUCUCUGACUGAGGGACGAGGGGAUGAGGGAGGGCCUCAGGAGCAGUUCAGUGGCAGCUCCCUUCCCCAGGACCCAGAGUGCCCUCCUGAUUCUCUGUCUUCUGAUGAUAGCACUUUGUUGGAAUCAAGGACUGUGCUUGAGAAGGGUGAGCAGGACAGUAAAAGUAUUCCCCAGGCGGUUGCCUCUUUGAAGCAUCAAGAUUAUACGACACCCACAUGCCCAGCAGGUAUUCCGUGUGCUCUCUUUGCAUUGGUACCUGAAUCGUUGUUGCCUGUUCAUAUGGAUCAACAGGAUGCUGUAGGAAAUGAAGAGCCAGAGCCAUUGCAGCAAACAGAGGAGCAGCAGGAUCCCAAGAGCCAGAUGAGAGCCUUCAGAGACCCUCUACAGGACGACACUGGAAUGUACGUUACUGAGGAAGUCACCUCCUCGGAAGAUACACGAAAGACCUAUUCUCUGACAUUUAAACAGGAAUUAAAAGAUGUGAUCCUCUGCAUCUCUCCAGUUAUUACGUUCCGGGAACCCUUCCUCUUAACUGAAAAGGGGAUGAGGUGCUCAACUCGGGAUUAUUUUCCAGAGCAGAUUUACUGGUCUCCUCUCCUCAACAAAGAGGUGAAGGAAAUGGAGAUGAGGAGGAAGAAACAGCUGCUCAGAGAUCUCUCUGGACUUCAGGGCAUGAAUGGCAGUGUUCAGGCCAAGUCUAUUCAAGUCUUACCCUCACAUGAGCUAGUGAGCACCCGGAUUGCUGAACAUCUGGGUGAUAGCCAGAGCUUGGGUAGAAUGCUGGCUGAUUAUCGAGCUAGAGGAGGAAGAAUUCAGUCAAAACAUUUGGACCCUUUUGUCCAUUCAAAAGAUGCAUCGUGUACUUCAAGUGGCAAAUCGGGAAACAAAACGGAGUGUGAUGAAGAGAGGGGGUUGAUUCCAAGUGAUGCCUUAUGGUCAACAAAGGUGGACUGUCUGAACCCUGCGAACCACCAGAGGCUCUGUGUACUCUUCAGCAGCUCCUCUGCCCAGUCCAGCAAUGCCCCCAGUGCCUGCGUCAGCCCUUGGAUUGUAACGAUGGAAUUUUAUGGAAAGAAUGAUCUCACACUGGGAAUAUUUUUAGAAAGAUACUGUUUCAGGUCAUCUUACCAGUGUCCUAGCAUGUUCUGUGAUACCCCCAUGGUGCAUCACAUUCGACGCUUUGUUCAUGGCCAAGGCUGUGUGCAGAUAAUCCUGAAGGAGUUGGAUUCUCCAGUGCCUGGAUAUCAGCAUACAAUUCUCACAUAUUCCUGGUGCAGAAUCUGCAAACAAGUAACACCAGUUGUUGCUCUUUCAAAUGAAUCCUGGUCUAUGUCAUUUGCAAAGUACCUUGAACUUCGGUUUUAUGGGCACCAGUACACACGCAGAGCCAAUGCUGAGCCGUGUGGUCACUCUAUCCACCAUGAUUAUCACCAGUAUUUCUCUUAUAACCAGAUGGUGGCAUCUUUCAGUUAUUCUCCUAUUCGGCUUCUUGAGGUGUGUGUUCCACUACCAAAAAUAUUCAUUAAGCGUCACGCCCCGUUGAAAGUGUCCCUUCUCCAGGACCUCAAGGACUUUUUUCAGAAAGUUUCACAGGUAUACCUAGCUGUUGAUGAAAGACUUGCAUCCUUGAAAAUGGAUACAUUUAGCAAAACAAGAGAAGAAAAAAUGGAAGAUAUCUUUGCACAAAAAGAGAUGGAGGAGGGUGAGUUCAAGAACUGGACUGAGAAGAUGCAAGCCAGGCUCCUGUCCUCCUCAGUGGAUACCCCUCAGCAACUGCAGUCCAUCUUUGAGUCUCUCAUUGCCAAGAAGCAGAGUCUCUGUGAAGUGCUGCAAGCGUGGAACAGCAGGUUGCAGGACCUUUUCCAGCAGGAAAAAGGUAGAAAGAGGCCUUCGGUUCCUCCCAGUCCUGGGAGACUGAGACAAGGAGAGGAAAGCAAGAUUAGUGCAAUGGACACAUCUCCGAGGAAUAUUUCUCCAGGACUUCACAAUGGAGAAAAAGAGGAUCGCUUCUUGACAACCCUGUCCAGCCAGAGCUCCACAAGCUCUACCCAUCUCCAGUUGCCCACUCCUCCUGAGGCCCUGGCCGAGCAGUCAAUGGGAGGGCCCUCUGACCUUGAUACAGCCAGUGGCUCUGAAGAUGUAUUUGAUGGGCAUUUGCUGGGAUCCACAGACAGCCAGGUGAAGGAAAAGUCAACCAUGAAAGCCAUCUUUGCUAAUUUGCUUCCAGGAAACAGCUAUAAUCCCAUUCCAUUUCCUUUUGAUCCAGAUAAACACUAUUUAAUGUAUGAACAUGAACGGGUGCCCAUUGCUGUCUGUGAGAAAGAACCCAGCUCCAUCAUUGCUUUUGCACUCAGUUGUAAAGAAUACCGAAAUGCCUUAGAGGAAUUGUCCAAAGCAACUCUGUGGAACAGUGCUGAAGAAGGGCUUCCAACAAAUAGUGCUUUAGAUAACAGACCGAAGAGUAGCAGCCCAAUUAGAUUACCUGAAAUCAGUGGAGGACAGACGAACCGUACAGUAGACGGAGAACCUCAACCAACUAAAAAAGCUUCAGGAAUGUUGUCCUUCUUCAGAGGAACGUCAGGGAAGAGCCCUGAUCUCUCUUCUCAGAAGAGGGAGACCUUACGUGGGGCCGACAGUGCUUACUACCAGGUCGGGCAGACCGGGAAAGAGGGGACCGAGGGCCAAGGCCUGGAACCUCAAGAUGAGGUAGAUGGAGGAGAUACUCAGAAGAAACAACUCACAAAUCCUCAUGUGGAACUUCAAUUUUCAGAUGCAAAUGCCAAGUUUUACUGUCGGCUGUACUACGCGGGAGAGUUCCAUAAGAUGCGUGAAGUGGUUCUGGGCAGCAGUGAAGAAGAUUUCAUCCGCUCUCUCUCCCACUCGUCACCCUGGCAGGCCCGGGGAGGCAAGUCAGGAGCUGCUUUCUAUGCCACAGAAGAUGAUAGAUUCAUUUUGAAGCAAAUGCCUCGUCUGGAAGUCCAGUCGUUCCUUGACUUUGCACCACACUACUUCAAUUAUAUCACAAAUGCUGUUCAGCAGAAGAGGCCCACUGCUUUGGCCAAAAUUCUUGGAGUUUACAGAAUUGGUUAUAAGAACUCUCAAAACAACACUGAGAAGAAGUUAGAUCUCCUUGUCAUGGAAAAUCUUUUCUAUGGGAGAAAAAUGGCACAGGUUUUUGAUUUAAAAGGUUCGCUUAGGAAUCGAAAUGUAAAAACUGACACUGGAAAAGAGAGUUGUGAUGUAGUUCUGCUGGAUGAAAACCUCCUAAAGAUGGUUCGUGACAACCCUCUGUAUAUUCGUUCCCAUUCCAAAUCUGUGCUGAGAACCUCCAUCCAUAGUGACGCCCAUUUCCUUUCGAGCCACCUCAUUAUAGACUAUUCUUUGCUGGUUGGUCGAGAUGACACUAGCAAUGAACUGGUGGUUGGAAUCAUAGAUUAUAUUCGAACAUUUACUUGGGACAAAAAGCUUGAGAUGGUUGUGAAGUCAACAGGAAUUUUAGGAGGACAAGGUAAAAUGCCAACUGUGGUCUCUCCAGAGUUGUAUAGGACUAGAUUUUGUGAAGCAAUGGACAAGUAUUUCCUGAUGGUGCCAGACCACUGGACAGGGUUGGACCUGAAUUGCUGAAAUCAUGCAUAUGAUUUGAAAUAGACCAUGAAGGAAAGCAUAUCUGAGGAAGAGACCCAAACUAUAUGUUGAUAAACCACUGAACACAAAGGCCUUUCAGUUCUGUGACUAUCCAUAACUGCAGGGUAAAAGCUCCAUGGAUUGGGCUUUGCUUCUGUUACUUGAAAUUAGCUGCCUGUAAGCCAGGAAAUUGUACAAGUUAAAUACAGCUGCUUCCCACGGGACUGUGGUUAGAGAUGAGUAUAUAGGAUAAGAAAUUGAGUUGUCACAUUUACUAACUCAGUUGCUUGAAGAGUAAAGCUCUGUCUGCUGGACUAUGACUGUUUGGUAGACUGUGACUGGUAGACUGUGACUGAUUGGUAAAUUGUGGCUGUCUGGUAGACUGUGACUGUCUGGUAGAUUGUGGCUGUCUGGUAGACUGACUGUCUAAUGGAUUGUGACUAUCUAAUAGAUGGUGACUGUCAGGUAGACUGUGACUGGUAGACUGGCUGACUGGUAAAUUGUGACUAGCUAAUAGAUUGUAACUGUCUGAUAGAUUGUGGCUGUCUGGUAGACUGUGACUGCCUGACAUCACAUUUGACACUUUUUCCCUGAGAAGGCACUUACAGACUUGCCUAGCUCAUUUUAUGUUUCCUGUGUAGUAACUUUAUGUUCGUUUGUAUAAUUUCUGAAACAUUUAGGAAAAUUCUGAUUUAUUCUGUUAAUUGCCAGUUAAACAGAUUCGUGCUUGCUUUAUUAGGAAUUUGACUUAAACUGGGAAUUCUGUCAUACUCUGUACUCUCCAGCUUACCUGACAGUUUUUAACUGUGUUGGAGACUUUACCAUUUUCUCUUCUGUGGGUGAUUGGAGCCUACAACCAUGAGCUUUCAAGCCUUCCUUAGAAUAUUUUAAGGAGCUUGUUGAAAACUUCUGUGUAAUGUGCCAAACAGCACUUAACCUACAUGUGCAUUUGUAUUCUGGAUUUUCCUCUCAUUUUGGUGAAACAAAAUGAGCAGUAAAUGAAUCGGUAGUCACUGAAUCCCUAAGUGAAUAAUUAAUGAUGAAGGAUUUUUUAACAGUAAAAGAUAGAUUAGACCCAAUCCAAGAAACUGAGUGAGAAGGAACAAUUGUUUUCUGUUUUUUAUAGUGGUAAAGUGUCUUUCAACACUACUAGCAGGUUAAUGGGAUCUGUAAAGUCAGUGUGGAUAUUCCUAUUUCUAAGUUUCUACCACACUGACCAGUGCUGCUGAGAAAUGCUGAGAGGUAAAGUUAUUUCCACCUAAGGACUUUGUUUACUAGUCAGCAAUCUCAUCUAAAAAGUGGCCAGAAGUCCUGAACUGGAGAAGAUGCUUUUACCCCAGAAUCUCAGAACAUUUCCUCUUAGCUUUUAUGUAACAUGGAUAUUUGGAUGUUUAUACAGUUGUAAUGAUUCCAUUUUUUCAGACUUCCUCUGAUAGCACAUCGAUAUUCACAGAAAAAAAGAGGCCGGAUAUGUUCUGCUACGUGGCAGUCUGCACCCGAACUAGGCACAAGUUUGCAUGUGUGCUGUGGAGAAUGAGGUCGUAGCUACCUGUCUGUUGCUUAGUGAGAGGUGACUAGUUUUGAACUCAUUGCCAGUUGACCAAGGCCUUAGGUCUGCCUGAUGUUGAGCCUCAGCCUGCUCAUCUGCCUUGCAUCUGUGCCUUGUGAAGGUGGAGCAAAUGCUGAAGAGUCCAGUUGUGACGUGAAAGGUGCAGACGGGAAGAUUGCAUGAACACUUAUGUUCUGUGCAUCCAGAAACAAAGGCUUUCAAGUCAGCUUGGGAAUGCCAGCUGUUUUGUGUCUGUUCAUUCUUUCUGUCCGGUUAGCUAGGACUGUAUGUCCUCCUCACUUCCUGGGGGACUAGAGUGAUGCCUUUCCCUGCUGUGUGUGGGUUGUUUCUGUUUUCCUUGAUGGUUUCAGAACAGUGCUCAUAGCUGAGCUCCAGGACAGUAACCCCUGACAGUAACAUGGUGUGGCCAUUCUCUCUUGCCCCUGACUUGAAAAGCAAUUUUGCUUUUUAAAGUAUUGUUGCCUCUGGUAUUUUAGUAACUAAACUUACUGAAACAAGAGUUAUUGCUUUGAAAGCUCAACUUGUCCUUUUAAAAUUCAUGUCAAGCUGGUGUUAAUGAAGGGGAAACUCACAAGUGAACUGUUUACAAGGUCCAAGUGUGACUCCUGGCUGCUUGCCUUUCGCCACUACUGUGUAUAUGUUUGUAUAUAUAGUAUUUCCAAUGCUUUGAACUGAAUGGCUCUUGUUCUCUUAAACUCCCUUUCAUGGCCUAAAGAAUAUUAAUGAUGAAAAAUUGUGAAUAAGGAAAAAAUCUCAUGCUCAGAAUAUGAACCCCAAAGUAACUGAUAGUAACAUGAGAGAAUUAUGUCAACAUGUUGCUUUGUAUAUGAAUCUUAUUUAUAAAUAUGAAGCUUUUUGAUGACCUAAAAUUUUGUUUAAAAAAUAGAAGAGACUUAAUUUUCCUGUCUGCCUGAGGGGAGAAAGGAGAGCUCAGCCGUGGUGGGCCCUUUUGUAGUCUACUGAGUACUUUCUAUUCUCAAGCUUUCCUACCGAGUGUCUGGGCAGUGGUUUUCCAGCUUUGGCCUCUGUCUAAAUAAUAGGGUCAUUCAUACCUGCAUCGGCUUGGGCGACAGCAUUGUGGCUGGGGUUUCCUGGCACAUUAGCCGUUAGCAGUGGGCUUCUUGGAAGUGCCAGGGAGAGUUACCAGCCUGCAGAAAGUUAGCCGAGUUUCCGGUGUGAAAACCGUUGCCGGUGAGCCUGGGGAACCAGCCUGACCAGGACAUUCAUGCUCUCAAUGUGACUUCUGCAGUAUUCAAAACAUCUAGUGCAAUGCCUUUUUUUUUUUUUUUUUUUGAUUGUUUUUUGUAAUGGGUGCAGUGUAUUAUAGAAAAAAUGAAGAUUACAAUCACGAGCAGUUUUGUUAAUGCUGCUUUGUCAGUUUUGUAAAAAAAUGUACAUAAUGUCUUUCAACAGGUUUUAAACUAGAAGAAAUAACAUUGUAAAUCACAGUAGCCUCCUCAUUUAAUAUGAAAAACCCAAUAUUAAAAGUCCUUAAUGUAUUGAAAUGUAUAUAUUUCUCUAACUUUGUUCCAGCUGUUUUAUAUGAUUGACAUGUUAUUUAAAGAUAACUACCCUAGCCUUUUAGAGACUUGUACUGUAAAUAAAGAGGACCUACAAUAAACUGGAAUUUACUUAC